CGAGAAACAAGCGUGUGAUAACUGAAUGAAAUAAAAGAAUUUUAGUUUACUAUCUACUGGGCUUUGGGCUUGUACAAUUAAGGCCCAACAAAGUCUAUUUCUCCCACGGGAAGUUGGGAACUUGAAAAGAGCCGAGGAAAAGAAAAUAGCUUCGGGGAUUCGAUCGCUCAUGGCGAACGAAGACGACGACGGCGAGAAUUCACGAGGCAUGCCCCAGCAGAUUGCUACCAAACCCAAAACUCAGAUCGUAAUCGGUGUUCCGUCGUACCAGGAAGUCUUGGAAAGUUCACAGACCAAGUCCACGCUGCCAUCUCUCUUCAAGCCUUCCCAGACCUUCUCUCAGGCUUUCGCUUUCGUCAAAUCGUCCGACGUCUACUCUGCUCCUCCUCCCCCUUCCUCCGCCUUCUCUCCGUCGCAGCCGUCUGGCGCUUCUCAGGUGUCCAGUACAAGCCAAACGCUUCAACCCGAUGUGGCAUCAUCUUCUUCUUCGACUCCUGUAGCUACUGGCUCUUUAUCGUCGAACACAACUCAGACUCGUAACGCAAUUCUUGUUAGCAAUAGACAGAAAGGAAACCCGCUGCUUAAACAUGUCAGGAAUGUGAAAUGGGUUUUCUCAGAAAUCAUUCCGGAUUACUUGCUUGGUCAAAGCACUUGCGCUUUGUAUCUAAGCUUGCGGUAUCAUCUACUGCACCCGGAUUAUCUCUAUUUCCGCAUAAGGGAGCUACAAAAGAAUUUCAAGCUCCGUGUUGUUCUCUGCCAUGUCGACGUUGAAGAUGCGGUGAAACCAUUGCUUGAAGUCACGAAAACCUCUCUUCUCCAUGAUUGCACCCUAUUGUGCGCCUGGAGCUUGACGGAAUGUGCCCGAUAUUUGGAAACGAUCAAAGUCUAUGAAAACAAGCCCGCGGAUCUCAUCCAGGGCCAAAUGGAUACAGAUUAUCUCUCACGACUUAACCAUUCGCUUACGAGCAUCCGACAUGUGAACAAGAGCGAUGUAGUCACACUUGGUUCUACAUUCGGGUCUCUUGCUCAUGUAAUUGAUGCAUCCAUGGAAGAUUUAGCUCGUUGUCCCGGGAUUGGUGAACGCAAGGUGAAGCGGUUGUACGAUACAUUCCACGAACCUUUCAAGCGUGCAACUUCAAGCUACCCUUCUGUUAUAGAGCCAACAAUCCAGGAGACUGAAAUUCACAAGGAUGUGAACUCAGAGGAACCUGUUGAAGCAGACGAAGAUUUUGUGGAGGACUCGAGGAAACGCAAGAGGAAAGAACCCGAGAAAACUGUUAAAACCGCGCUCUCAGCUGUUUUUUCUCGAUACUCGGAUAAACUCGGCAAGAAAAAGGAGAAACAAAAAGAGAAAGAGACAACAACAGAGUCAGAUGCUGAAACCCACCAAGAUUAACACAGUUUUUUUUUUUGCUUAUUGUGUAAGGCCAUUGUAACUGUGAUCAUAUUCCUAAAACUGUAACAUAAGAGGUUAGUUUUAUUUCUUCUGUUGGGUGUAAUUGGUGUGUUAUCUCUAGCUUAGAGUGUGUUAGUUACCGAAUCUUAUGUAUUAAUUUCAAAAUUGCUGGUAACUUGUUAGCUUUCCUUGGUUUGUGCCAUAUUCAAUAAUUCUAUAGAAUACAGAUCAUGAUUAUGAACUUUGAC